AUGGGAGGAUGGGCGUUGGAAAUCGGGAAAAUGGCACUCUACAUGACCUUCCCGGUGGCAAUGUUCCACUGGUUCAAUCAGCCAGAAUAUUUCGAGAAAUGGGUAACUGAUACUAGGCGGCAGCUGUAUCCGCCGGAAAACCCUCAGCACCGCGAUGAGAUUGAAAAAUGUAUCCGUAACGUACGGGAGCGCCAUGAUCAGGAGCUGAUGAAAGCGUUGGAGGAGAUGGAGCAAAAGGAUAAGAAGUGA